AUGAAUAUUGUUAAGGCAAUUAAAAAUGCAAUAGUUUGUCUGGUCCUGCUGCCCCGUUUUCUGGUGGCAGCUGUCAUGUUUUGGCUGCUGGACUUUUUAUGCAUACGGAAAAGGGUUUUUUUCAGGAUGAAGGAGCAGGAGGGCGAUGCUAUCGAUCCUCCUGUGUGCAUAUCCGACUCCAAUCGUCUCUUCAGUUUAGAGUCCCUCAAGGCAGUCUGGCACGGCCAUAAACUGGACUUUCUGAAAGCAGCGCAUCUCGGACACAGAGCGCCCAACACCGAAGUGGUUCAGCUAAAGGAUCAGCGGCGCAGUCGCAUCCUCGAUUACGCAAAGGACAAGAGACCGCUCAUCCUCAACUUUGGCAGCUGCACCUGACCACCGUUCAUGGCGCGUCUGAAGGCUUUCCAGGGGGUUGUGCAGCAGAAUGCAGACAUAGCAGACUCUUUAGUUUUGUACAUCGAAGAAGCACACCCCUCCGACGGCUGGAUGAGCACUGACGCGCCCUACCAGAUCCCCAAGCACCGGUGCCUAGAGGACCGGCUGAAAGCUGCGCAACUGAUGCAUCUGGAGGUGCCCGGUUGCAUCGUUGUGGUCGACAGCAUGGAAAACUCCUCCAACGCUGCGUACGGAGCUUAUUUCGACAGACUUUAUAUACUGCAGGAGGGAAAGAUAGUUUACCAGGGUGGCAGAGGACCUGAGGGGUAUCGGAUCCAAGAGCUCAGAGACUGGCUAGAGCAAUACAGAGAAAGGCUGGGAAAACCCAAUAAUCUAGUCAUCAAUGUGUAG